CAGCAUCGCGAUAACAAAGGAAAACCUCCGUGGAAGUUUGGAAAUUUUGUUGACGAAGCUCGGUGCGCUGCGAAGCAGCAGCAACCAGCCGAACUCCGCUGAAGUGGUUCAAGUUUGAGUGAUGGAUUUAGAGUAGUUUGAAGGAAGUUGUGAAGACGUUAAGUGGGAGAUUGUUUGAACCGCGGAUCGACCUGUUUUGGGGUUCCAAGUUCAAGGGGAUGAAAAAGUCAGCUGGUUCCAGUGUGGAAGCGCAUGAAAUGUUGCCCCCCAGUUAGCUGUGUGUGAGUUCCGAGUCUAGAAUCAGUGUGUAGUGAGUGUGGUGCCCACCAAUACCACCGUGUACGACCGACCUACCCACCAAGAAGAGUGCAAAAAAGGAUGCUGUGUAGCGGUGACGACGGAGGCGGGAGGUCUUUGUUCCCAAGUCGUGUCCGGUUGGUCCUAGUCGUCGCGCGUGGGUGUCCGUCCGCUAUGAAGAGUUGUUGUUGUUGGUGGUGAGCGCACCUUGGCAGAGUGUGGUGUCCACGUGGCCGCGGGCCGCGGCGUGAAGUGCGUUCCCUCGAUCCGAUCGAACGAAGAAGAAGAAAUUGUGAAGCGAUUGAUCCGAUUGGCCGCGAUUGAACGAUUAGGUUUCUAAUUGAGGUUUUCUUACAAGCUUUUUCAUUUAGCCGGUACAACGCAUCUUCCAGUGCUUCGGGGGGUCUUGUUGAAGCCGUGUUCAAGUGAUGUUCAAAUUGGCCAAGUGAUAGUGUAGUGCUUUCGAUUGAAUACGCUCGAGCAUUUCCGCAACUACGCGCCCGCUACACCGAGAGAGUAAAGUCCGUGAAGUGAAAUUUGUGCAAGCAUCAUCAGAGCAACCAACGAGCAAGUCGAUGGGGUGUCCAGCGCGUUAGAGUCGAGGGGAGGUCACAAUGACAACGUUCACGACGACCUGUUCACGAGUUAGAAGUGCUAGCUCGUCGCGGCCCCUCAUCGGUGCGGCAGCAUAGAAUUUCCAGCAGCGCGACGACGAAUUGGAGUGAAUUUCGUGCCGCUGGUGAAGACGGUCAAAGUGAGGAAGUGUGGAAGCAGUGGCAACAGCAACAACAGCACGGCGCGGCAACAUUCUGGUGGUGAAAAAUGUUUCUAAAAUGUGGAUUAAUCGUCGUUUUCACUCUUCUCGUCAUCGACAUCGAAAGUGGUUACGUAAGAGAAACAAAGAAAGAGCGCCCCCUCAACGAAUACAUAUCCCACUACGAAACCCUCAGCUACGACCACAAACAUCUGCAUGCUAGUCACAGUCGGGCGAAGCGAUCGGUCACCAAAGAUCACCAAGUUCAUCUUAGGUUUAAGGCGCACGGAAAAGAUUUUAACAUUAGGCUAAGGCGAGAUCUCAGUACAUUUAGCGAUAAGUUAGAAAUCCAUGGCCCGCACGGGGGCCCAAUCGAGGUGGACGCGUCCCACCUGUACGAGGGCGAGCUGAUCGGUGACCGGGACAGCACCGUCUUCGGCUCCAUCAUCGACGGCGUGUUCGAGGGCAAGGUCAUCGCCGGCUCGGGCCGGGACGCCUACUACGUGGAACGGGCCAAGCACUACUUCCGGAACAGCUCGGACCCGGAGACGCACCCGCUGUACCAUGUGCCCGGCCACGACCGGCCCUUCCACUCGGUCAUCUACAAGGAGGAGCACGUGGACGACCCGUACCGCCACCGGAGGAAAGAUGCCGGCAUCCAUCCGUCGGGGUGCGGCUUCAACGACGAGGUGUCCGCCUGGAUGGACCGCGUGCAAAAUUCCGCCGCCGAGGACCCAACCAUCGAGGAAGAGGACAGCGUCCAGAACCAGGACGAACAAACCGCAGACAGUGGCCAGACCGGCAGCAGCGGACACAAUAACGUGAAUAAUUUAUUCCAAAAAUCAUCAACUCAGCCAAACUAUAAUAACGUUAACGGUAGCCACGGUGGCGGCCAUCAGCAGCAGCAAAAGCAACCCAAUGCUAAUUACCGUAAAAACUAUUCUAAAGAUAAGGCCAGCCGGCAGGGAGGAGCAGGAGGUGACGAAAGCAACCGCAUCGAAACCGGCUACGAGUUCAAGUUCCCGCACGAAAAGUAUUCGAAGGCUGCGAACUGGCGAGCCACCGGGGAGCAUCCGGACGACGGGAGCUGGCACCGGAGAUCGCACGAGCGGGUCCGGCGGGCAACGCGGCCCAAGGAGGAGAACAAAAACACCUGCUCGCUGUACAUCCAGACGGAUCCGCUGAUCUGGCGCCACAUUCGGGACAGUAUCGCAGAUCACGACCGGGGCCGCAAGCAGGAGAUUGACGAGAAAACCCGCGAGGAAAUCCUCUCGCUGAUUGCCCACCACGUGACGGCGGUCAACUACAUCUACCGCAACACCAAGUUUGACGGCCGGAUAGAGCACCGGAACAUCCGGUUCGAGGUUCAACGGAUCAAAAUUGACGACGAUACGGCGUGUAACGAAAACUACAACGGCGAAUCGAACGCGUACUGUAUGGAGAACAUUGACGUGUCCAACUUCCUGAACCUGCACUCGCUGGGCAAUCACGAGAUCUUCUGUCUGGCCUACGUGUUCACUUAUCGAGACUUCACCGGCGGUACCCUCGGGUUGGCCUGGGUGGCCUCGGCGUCCGGCGCUUCCGGUGGAAUCUGUGAGAAGUACAAGACGUACACGGAAACGGUCGCCGGGCUGUACCAGAGCACGAAGCGAUCGCUCAACACGGGCAUCAUCACGUUUGUGAACUACAACAGCCGCGUUCCGCCGAAGGUUUCGCAGCUGACGUUGGCCCACGAGAUUGGGCACAACUUUGGGUCGCCGCACGACUACCCGGCCGAGUGCCGGCCCGGAGGCAUCAACGGGAACUACAUCAUGUUCGCGAGUGCCACCAGCGGUGACCGACCGAACAACAGCAAGUUCUCGAGCUGUUCGGUGCGCAACAUCUCGAACGUGCUGGACGCCAUCGAGGACAACAAGAAGCGCAACUGCUUCCUGGCGUCGGAGGGCGCCUUCUGCGGCAAUAAGAUCGUGGAAAUUGGCGAAGAGUGCGACUGCGGGUUCAACGACGAGGAGUGUUCCGACCGGUGCUGCUACCCGCGCGUCAUCGGCGAAGUGGACCUGGGACUGAACUCCACGGCGAAGGGUUGCACGCGAAAGGCCCGCACGCAGUGUAGUCCCUCGCAGGGACCGUGCUGCGACAGCAACACGUGCAAGUUCGUGUCCAGCUACGCGAACAUCACGUGCAAGGAGGAAACGGAGUGCUCGUGGAGUUCGACCUGUAACGGGACGACGGCCGAGUGCCCGGAGCCGAAGCCCCGCGACGACAAGACCAAGUGCAAUAACGGAACCCAACUGUGCAUCAAGGGUGACUGUUCCGGCUCGAUCUGUCUGCUGUGGAACAUGAGCGAGUGCUUCCUGACGUCCAACAUCAUCCCGAACAUUGACAAGCGCAAGCUGUGCGAGCUGGCCUGCCAGAACGGGAACGAUACGAGCACGUGCCGCAGCACCAGUGAGUUUGCCCACCUGUACGGACUGCCGGACGGGGGGAUCAGCCUGCGGCCCGGCUCGCCCUGUGAUAACUUCCAAGGCUACUGUGAUGUAUUUUUAAAGUGCCGCGCCGUCGACGCCGAGGGCCCGCUGGUGCGGCUCAAGAACAUGCUGUUCAACCGGCAGGUGCUGCAAACCGUCGCCCAGUGGGUCACGGAGAACUGGUACAUGGUCUGUCUGAUGGGCAUCCUGUUCGUCAUCUUCAUGGGCAUGUUCAUCAAGUGCUGCGCCGUCCACACGCCCAGCUCGAACCCGAAGAAGGCACCGGCGCGGCGCAUCCAGGACACCCUGCGGCGGCCGAUGAACACGCUGCGGCGGAUGCGCCACCAUCACAGCAGUAGUGGCCACGGGCCGCGAAGUGUUCCGGUGCCGCACGGUGAACGGUCCCGCAGUGGGGGUGGCGGCGGCGGAGGUGGCGGAGGAGGGGGAGGUGGAGGAGGUAGAAGUCGAAGACUGGACGAUGUCCACGGGGAUCGCCGAAGUGGGCAUCCGUCGUCGUCGUCGGGCCAUCGGGACGGCAGCGCCCGUCCCUCGGCCAACAGUUCCAGAGUGCCAGCGCAUGGGUAUGGUGAAGGCAGAGGCCAACAAUACUAUCCACCGAAAGCAACCGCACCGCUAAUACAGAAUUAUAGCAGGAUGAGCAAUGCCGAGCUGUAUGCCGAAGCGUACCCCCAUCCGGCGGCGGCGGCGUACGGCGAGUUGCCCCGACGCCACUACACCAACAAUAAGGUCUGACCGGCCGACGGAGCAGCAGAAGCAGCAACUACUAUUUCUACUAUUACAACAACAACAACUACUACUACUAGCCAUGAACCGGUUGAGCAGGAGCAGGUUGCGUUCUUUGAGAAUGUCGAGCGGAAGUUCUACUACAACAAUAACAAUAUUUAUAAGAUAUUUUUAUUUUUCUAAAAACGGUGAACCAAAAAAAAAAGGCAGAACAAAACUCAAAGCAAAAGAGAAACUCAUAAAUGAGAAUAACUCAAACACGCAAAACAGAACAAACAAACAAAAAAUAGAGGAAACCGAAAAUCAAAUAGGAAACACACACACACAUUUUUUCGCUCUCACCAGUUUAGAACGUUUAGUAAGAUGAAGCGAGCGAACGAGUGAAGUGAAUGUGAGAGAAUUGCAAAUAGGAAUCGUUUAGCAAGAGACAGCAAAACAGUUGAGUGUAUUAGUUCUUAAACAUUUGAACAAAAACAAAAUAAGAGAGAUACUUUGUAACUGUGCGCUUUUUGAGGUGUUGAACUUUUUUCCCCACAGACUUGAAUUGAACUGAACGAAAAGAAAAAACGGGAAAGAUCUGGUAAGCAAACGUAUCAAAAAAAAACUUCAUUGCCGAAAAUUGAGAAAAAAGAUAAACAAACUUAUAAAAGAAGAAAAAAAAACUCUUUCCUCCGGGUCCAGUAAAAAAAAGAAUACAAAAACGUUAAACAAGUAAACUAUUAUAGCAAACAAAACGUGUAAAAAAAAACAGAAAACAAGAAAGGUAACCAAGAAGCGAAGCGGUAUUAAGUUUUUAUUGUACUUCUUCUCCGUUGUUUAAUUGGUGUUUGUUUAGUCAGUUGGCCAGAGAAAAAGGUGCCGAGGCGCGUAUUAAAUGGAAGGGAAACAGUUUGGAAUCUAACUAAGUAAAAAGGACGACGAUAUAAAAAAAACAA